AUGACGGUGAUGUUGGAGGACGUAUGGAGGAUACUGCAUAUCCCGAUCACGGGGGAGCUUGUUACAUAUGAUCGGUACCUGGGGACGACAGUUGUGCAGAGGAUAUUUGCUGAUGAUAUGUACAUUGAGGAUGGCUUUGUGGCAUGGGAGGAUAUAGCAGCACUAUAUGAGUCGCUACCAUCUAUGUUAUCAGGGAUCGUCAGGGGUUUACUUUGCCCUGAUCGACGUUCACAUGGAUUGGCCGUUGGGUGGGGUUUGGUGAUAGAGAAGAUGAUGACCGAGGGGACCUGCUAUGCAUGGGGGCCAUGUGUGUUAGCACACCUGUACAAGGAUUUACAUGAGGCAGUGUAUCGAGAGGCUAGAUCACAAGGGGUAGGGAUCACUUUGCUGCAUAUCUGGGCAUGGGAGCACCUGCCAAUCACAUGGCCGGUAUGCUUGAGGUUUAGGGCAAUAGAUCAACCCUAUGUGUAUAUGUAUGGAGGUUUGAUGAGCCAGCCCCAUUUGGGGAAGGAGUUUUGGCGACGAGCGUUGGAUGACCUAGAUACGAUCAUAUGGAGGCCAAACCUUGAUUGCGAUUCCUGGGAGGAUGAUGGAGAGGCCCUACCGUACGUAUUUGUGACACGUUUUUUAAUUGGUCACACAUCCUACUAUGGGGAGAGACAGUUUCCAGGGAGAGUGAUGAGGCAGUUUGGACAGAGGUAG